GCCGACCCAGCGGCUUACAUGAGCGACGCGCAGGUCUACGCUGCCCUGAAGGCCAGCCCGCUUCUCACUGCCAAGAAUGAGAAGGUCAACAUGGGCAAGUACCAGCAGCCGAUUCACCAUGCCCGCAGGACAUUGUGCCUGUGCGCUCAGAAGGCCUACUUCUUCGGGAUCGCCGCGAUGUCGUUCGCGUACAAGGGCCAGUGGAAGGUCAAGGCGCCUGUGCUGCCCGAGCACGCCCUCGCCUUGGCGGAGGGGGGGCCGACGCUCAAGCAGCAUGCGGCGGCGGCGGCUCCAUGGGGCCAGAGCUGCGAGAACCAAUUGGACAAGGCAGCGGUGCUCUUCGGCGACGUCGAGAACUACUACCGCCAGAAGCUCAUCGUCCAGGUCCUCGGGCCGACCGCGACGUACCAUUCCAG